UUAAAAACCUCACAGCAUCACAGUUGCAAGUCCCAGUCCUAAACUUGUGUACUGUCUGAUCACCAGCUUUCUCUUAUAGGCUAUAAGGAAAAGCAGAGGUCAAGAUGUCUGAGAAAAAAAUGUCCUCGAGUCGUAAACAUCAUCUGAAGAGCUUGAUGCUCCAGAUUGCCAAAAACUUGAUAGAAGCAGAAAAUGUAGAGGCAAUAGAAGUGAAGAAAAGAUACAUGAGCGAGAACUGCCCCUCAUUGAGUAUCCAUGGAUCACUGGCAGAUCUGCAGGAAUUGUGCAAGACUGUCCAUCACCAGAUUGAUAAAGUGGAUGAGGAGAGAUACGACCUGUCAAUCAAAGUUGGCAAAUGCGACAAAGAGAUAGAGGAUUUGAAGAUUAAAGUGAUUGAGUUACAAGGCAUGAAGAAGCCAGCUCUGAAGAAAGUACGUAUGUCUGCUGAUGCUAUGUUGUCAGCUCUGCUGGGCACCAAACACAAAGUGACCAUGGAUCUGAGAGCCAACCUGAAACAAGUGAAGAAGGAGGUCAAGGAGGAGGAAAAAGAGGCAGUUGGUGACUGGCGAAAAACCAUUGACGACAAGGCCGGCAUGGAUGGCAGGAAGAAGAUGUUUGAGGCAGCAUAGUCUCAUUUCCUCUGUCACUUUCUGUUCUAUGGUUGCCACUAUUGUUGAAAGCACUGAAAAUAUGAACAAAUGUACUUGACUACAGUAUUAAAAAAAUAUUUGAUUGUAUACAACCGGAUGCAUGUCUUCUAGAAUUGUAUGACAGAAAAACUACCUAUGGAAUUGCAUACUUGUUUUGGAUGGAGUUAAAAUACUAUUCAUACUAUUCAAUCUUAGUCAAUAACAUACGAUGGGCCUAAUAUUGAAAGCUAGAUGAUUAUAAAAAAUAAAGAUGA